UUUUUGCGCGGCAAUCGGGCCAUUUUCUUUUCUUUCUCGUUUAGCGGCCUGCCUCAGAGAUUCACGCGGAUUUUCUAGCAAUUUCAGCAACUUUUCAUCAAUUCGUUUUCGUUUAUUUAAUCUCGACUAAUCAUGUCUGGCCGUGGAAAAGGAGGUAAAUCUAAGACCAAAGCAAAGACGAGGUCUAGCAGAGCUGGACUGCAGUUCCCCGUUGGGCGUAUCCACAGACUGCUAAGGAAAGGCAACUAUGCUGAACGAGUUGGAGGAGGCGCACCAGUUUACCUGGCUGCUGUUCUUGAAUAUUUGACUGCUGAAGUUCUUGAAUUAGCUGGAAAUGCUGCCAGAGACAACAAAAAAACCAGGAUCAUCCCUCGUCACUUGCAGCUUGCCAUCCGUAACGACGAAGAAUUGAACAAACUUCUCACUGGAGUUACCAUUGCUGAGGGUGGUGUCCUGCCCAACAUUCAGGCCAUCCUUCUACCCAAGAAAACCGGAACCACCUCUGGACCAGUCAAGAGCGGCAAAUCAAAAUCUCAGUCACAGGAAUACUAAUUUGGAAAACAGCAUGCGGGAUGCUGAAUUCUGAAAGUGUUGACAAUGGGUUAUAAUCCUCAUUGAAUCUUUGUAUGAUUUUUCUCUUAUUUAUUGACUUUCUAAACUGCACUGGAUGUUUUUAGUAUUGAAAAGUUAUUCUCUUAUUUUUUUUAUUAUGUAUUUAUUUUAUCAAGCAUUUUAAUAACUCAUUGCCUUUUACUUAAAGAAAAAUUUUUUUCUGCAUUAUAAAGCUCUCAAAAAUCCUACGUAUUCUCCUAGUAAUAAUUGACUUCAAGUUACUUGAUCCAAUGUCUCAUUGCUACAGGUUAGGAAUCAAACAGAUACUCCAGAAUUGAUCACUCAGUUGGAUCUUGAGUUAGUUAGUCUUUUAAUUCACAUCCAUCUGUUGUUUUAAUUCACCUCAGUAGUUUAUUUUCUCAACUGCAACCUGUCAAUCACUAUCACCUGUAUUGUUCUUUCAUAUUCCUGUAGUUGACUUAAAGUUUUAAACCAGAGCAGUAUUAGUUUUAUAAACGUUCAAAGAAAAAAACCUGGGAAGAAUCGAUAGAAUGUCGAAUUUUGUUCGCUCGCAAUUUUGCAUAACUUGGUUUCCGUGAUCAAAAUGCGCCAUUUUUACAACUGUUGAGGGUUGCCAAUCAAAGUAAGAAAGAGCCAUAAAUCUUUUAUCAACAUAAAUUGCGAACAGAUCAUCAAAUAAAUGUCUUGAUAUUCAGCUCGCGGUUCAUGUUAGUCAAAACAUAGAGGUGUCUCUUGGUUUUCAUUAGUAACUCUUGAUAGUUGCAUCAAUGAAACCCAUUUUUUGAUCGUAGAUACCAGGCUCUUGUCAUUAAGGGAUCAUUAAAACAUGUUCAUGUCAUAACUUGCCUAUUGUCUUUUUAAAAUCUCCCGUUAUUUUCUUGUGUUUCCAUUUUUUACCUAAAAAUUAAGAAGUUUAAUUUACUGCCGUGACAUCAGACUCAAAGGAGCUUCAUCACAUUCUGUAAUCCGACUGGUAAUGCAUUCCUGUUAAGUGUAUAAAUUUUUUUUAGUCUAGUUAAAUUCAUGUAAGGAUCCGUAUCUCAAACUUUGAAAUGUUAUUCUUUUAAUUACAAGUUUGAAUACUCUCACUCAAAUUUUCUUAAGGUUUUAACUUUUAAGCAUUUCUAAGCGUUGUAUACGCUAGUCUCAGGUGUUCUAACUUCUAAGUAAUUAAUAAAAAUUUUUCAUUAAUA